UUUUCAAACAAUUCCGUUUCUUUGUCACAAGUUUGGUUUUCUUUGAAUGAAGGUUGUCUGCUAUCGCCUCAAGCAUACGUGUCGCUUGUUCUUUUCUGGUUAUUUGGGUUUCAUGGUCAAUUUAUCUGCUCUUUUCUGGUACUGCUACAAACGUGUAACGACUGACAGUAUUUCGUUCAACGUUUAUUAUGGUUUGCUCGGCUUGAUUAUUGAUAUUUGUUUCAGUAAGUUAGGUUAUGGGUGGGCUUUUGCAUAGGAGAUGCGUGGGGUAGCGACAGCCAGUCUGGCGGUAUCCAUUGUGUGUUGAGACCUCACUCGACCGUGAGCUUGAUUAUAUUCCCGUAUUGCGUUUCGAGAUAGGUUAAGUUUUCUGUAGGAUUUAAGAUUUCAUGCAAUGUUAAUUCUUUAUUUGUGCCAGUGCUUCACUUUGUUCCUUCAAUGAAUUGAGAAACGUGGCUGUUAAGGUACAAUUUUUGUCGAUGACAGCUCAUACCAAGUGGACUAAAUUUCCGACGGAACAUAAGUUCUUAUGUUCAGCAACCAACAUCUUCACCAGGCAGUUACAAACUUAAGACGAUCGUGGAGCGCGCGUGGAGAAGCGGGCCUGACAGGGUCAUGACGACGGCCCCACACUCGUGCGCGCCGCCCAUCCCCCCCGCGCACAGCCAUGUCCCGGUGCCCGUGCCGGGGGCCCACGGGGCGGCGGGGGAUGCCGGCUUCAUGCAGCACUCGUGCUGGAUGUGCGGCAAGAGCUCGGCGACGCACCGCGAUAACGUGACGCACAUGAUGACCCACCUGAACGAGCACCAGCCCUACCUGUGCAUGAUGUGCGGCCAGCGCUUCCCGCACGGCCACCUCAUGUCGCAGCACGUGGCCGCGCACGAACAGUACGCCGCGAUCGCCAACGCGGCCGCGGGCGCGUCGGCCACCACCGGGGGCUCCAGCGGGGGAAGCUCCGGGUCCACGGGCUCCGGGAGCGCGGGCGGCUCCGGCACCUCGGGCUCCAGCUCGAGCCAGGCGCAGGAGAACGGGCGCAGCUCGGAGGAGAGGGUGACCAACACCCAGGGCAGCCAGUUCCACCCGCCCAACCCCUGCCCGAGCCAGAGCCAGAGGACACCCUCGCAGUCGCAGACCGCCGAGUGCGAGACCUGCGGCAGGAGAGAUUUGGUCGGGAGCCACCGUUUGGGCCAUGAUGACAAGCCAUUCAAUUGUUCAUCAUGCAGUAAGGGCUUUGUAUGGAAGUCAGACUUCACAAAACACCAAAUGAUGCACUCUGGUGAGAAGCCAUUCAAAUGCCAGUGGUGCUCCAAAGGUUUUGCGUGGAAGUCAGACCUCAACAAGCACACUAUGAUCCACACAGGGGAGAAGCCGUUCAAAUGUGACCUCUGCACCAAGGGAUUCAUCUCCAAGUCGGACCUGUCCAAACACCAGAUGAUCCAUGUCGGGGAGAAGCCAUUCAAGUGUCACCUCUGCGGGAAAGGAUUCGUCUGGAAGUCGGACCUCACCAAGCACCUCAUGGUACAUACGGGUGAGAAACCAUUUAAAUGUGAUCUCUGCCCAAAAAAGUUUGCUCGCAAGGACAAACUCAAGUACCAUGUUCUCACUCAUAGUGAACAUAAGCCUUUUGCAUGUGAGGUUUGUAGUAAGGGUUUUGUAUCCAAGUCGGACUUUCAAAGACAUCUUAUUGUCCAUUCUGGUGAAAAGCCCUUUAGAUGUGACCUCUGCAGCAAAGGGUUUAUAACAAAGUCUGAUCUUACAAAACAUCUAAUGAUUCACAUUGCCGAGAAACCUUACAAGUGCCAGCUAUGUGGCAAAGGGUUUGUUUGGAAAUCAGACCUUACAAAGCACCUUAUGAUACAUACUGGGGAAAAGCCUUUCAAAUGUGAGAUGUGCAGUAAAGCUUUUGCACGAAAGGACAAGUUGAAAUGCCAUCUACUCAUUCACAGUGAGCAGAAACCUUACGUCUGUGAGGUGUGUGGCAAGGCUUUUGUAUCCAAAGACAGCUAUCGUCGUCAUGUUAUGAUUCAUUAUGGAGAUCAACCUGUAGAAUGGAGAGUAUGCAGUGCAAGAAUUGCCUAGCAAAAGGAAAGGGGCGAUGCUGCUCCUAUCAUAAGCCAUCACCCCCACAUUCCUAACUCUCCUGUUGGAGGAGAGCAUUUUCUUGCACACCUGUGAGUGGUAUGUUUUGUUAAUUUUGAGUCACUGGAUACCAUUGUGAAUAUUGUUCAAGAACUUAAAUACCUAGGCAGAACUUUUGUGGCUUCCAAGUGCAAUUGGCACUAUGCACUGAUUUGAAAUGACCAGAAACAAAGACAUGUGGAAUGUCUGCUUCAAAUCUAAACCAGAUGUGAUGACAGCCUGAAAAUUGCUAUUCUCUUAAGUUCUCCUUACCUGGGCCAGAUCUGUACCAAAAUCUCAAAUUGUCUGUCAUUCCUCAUUUUUGUUUGAUCUAUGGCAUCAGGUACAGUCAUGUCAACCUUGUCUGUGACAAGGGAACAAUAAUAGACUUACAGAAAUGUGAACAUUUUUGAGGUAACAGUGAAAAGAUUCUACAUGGUUCUGUUUCUAUUUCCUACCUGAUUAAUGUAAGCAGCCUUUGUCACUACAUUGCAAAUACUAUGUUAAGUCUAGAGAAUUUAUUGGUCUGACAGAUGGGAUUUAAACAAUUUGAAUCACAACUGUUAGUACUUUUAAGUAAAGCAUUUGACCGACACAUAAUGGUAUGCUUGUUCAAGAGGGAGCUAUAAGCAAUUUCUGUGUGAUAUUAUACAACCCUCCAAGUGGUAUGUUAGUUUUUAUUAUUUGAUUCGUCAUUUUACCGUAAUUACAAUAUACAAAAAUGCGAGUCAUGAUUGUAAUCUAGUUGUAUGACCUCAUGGCAAGAUUGAUAGAUUAAACCUAGACUAUUUGAACUGUUACCUUUCUGGCUUCCUAUCACACACUCAAAGUGUAGAAGCCUUUAUUACCAACAUUGUCAUGAAUUAUUUGUAUACUGGGGGAUUUGAACCAACUAUUCGAUCUAAAUGAUACUUUUAUCAGUUUCAUAUUGUUUUGAUUAAUUUUUAGUAGAGGCGUCAAAGUGAUCAGGAUUAAAUCCAUAGCAGCGAACAAAUGUCCAUGGUGCUACUAUUAAUUUAGCAUGUCCAGACCAAAUUUUUACUCUACUGUUAGAGUGCUUUCCCUGUUUUUUUUUUUUGUUUUUUUUGUUUUGUUUUUUUUACAUGAGAAUGAACCUUUUUUCCUAGUUUUUGCCAUAACACCAAGAAUGAUUGAUUAUUGAAUGAUAGUUUGUGUGAAAAUGUGUAAUUAAAAAGAUAUUUCAAUUUGUAGAAAAUGUUUAAGUCAAUACAUGUUAUACAAAUUACUCUGUUAAAAGUGUCAUGUGAUGUACUUAGCAAUGUUAUUUGUAUUUAGUUAUCUGUUUGAUAUUCUAUCAAAUUAAUAUAAAGAAAUGUGGCCUAUUAUGGCCAACAAGCAUUUAUGUCUUUUAGAAAAACAAACAAAAUCAUUUGAUGUUAUGUUUUUAGUUCAUGUGACACAGAGUAUAUCAUACAAUAAAAGAGAUAAAGAACUUAAAAUGAUGAGACUAAAAUGCCAUGCUUGAAUAGCACCAGCACCGCAAUGUAAAAGAAAAUAUAUGGAGUGAAAUAAACGUAAGAGAGUAUAUGGAAA